UCAGAGAGAGGAAGCCCAUUGCAAUGUGAGCAUACAAUCUUCUCAACUAUAACUGGAUUUUUACUGACCCGGAUUGACUUGAACGGCCCACUUAGAACAUCUACUUUAGCGGAUCGAACCACCACUCCUCCCUCUAGGAAGUGUCUUUCAAGGCGUACGCUGCCGUUCUGCUGGAAAGGUCGUAGCAGCAGGGAUGGCCAAACUUAAAUCUUGAAAAUUUUGGCCCCCUGACUUUGAGUUUGACACCCCUGAUAUAUGGUAAAGCCCAUCCAGUAUGCUGUAGGUCAAUAUUCUAAGCAGUUCAACAUACCGUAAUUCCCGGCCUACAGAGCCCACCAAGUUAUAAGCCUCACCCAGUACAUUUGUAAAGGAAAUACCAUUUGGUAAAUACAUACACCGCAGCUGUGUAAAAGCCGCAAGUGGCUACAUUGAAACACGAGAUAUUUACAAAGAAAGAUGGCCACAAAGUUUAACUCUAGCGCCGGAGCGCUAACACUAAUGCUAGCGCCGCCAUGCUAAUUUUAGCGACACGUUAACAGGGCCGGUUAAAAAAAAAAAAAGAACUACCGGUAAAAAUCACUGAGACACGGCAUUAAUGCGCUAGCGGAGCGCUAACAGGGCCAGACCGGUAUUAGUCACUACCUCGGCACAUAUAUUCCACUGGUCUCACUCUUACCUUUUCCGCUCGAGUCCCCCCUUGUGGCCAUUAGAAAACGUUCACAAAUUAGCCGCAUAAACUGCAGGGUUGAAAGCGUGUGGAAAAAAGUUGCGACUUAUAGGCCGGAAAUUACGGUAUUUUGAAUCGUGUAUGGUGUGCUAUAGUUUUUAUUUCUCAUUCUACUAUCUGUUUGGAAGAUACGGAGGUUGGAAAGUUCUUUUGCAAAGGCCCACAGUGUCAAAAACAAAACCAAACACACUCAUUGCGGAUCACCAAAUCUCUACCAAAUGUACAUCAAGUUAUUGGUAUUGUGAUUUUCAAAUAAUUUGUAUUAAAAGGUGUUCAUGCUUCAAUUGUUACGACUGAUUGUGCAAGUGGUCAUUAUGUGGCCAACGGACGUGCAUAUGAAUUGUAUUGAAGGACUAAUCAGUGGGUUCAGACUUGCCACUUGUGACUUAAGGUGGCAGCUCACUUCUUGCACGUGGGCACUUUGCGUUCCCUAAAAAUAGGCCCAACUAAAGCCUCUUAAGUGCAAACCGCAUAAGUUGCUUUUCCUGAGUGCCAACAAAUCCCAGAGGAUAUAAUGGCACUUUGAAUGGGUGUGUCCGGAGGGACGCCCGCAGGUGUUCUCGGGGCGGAUGGACCAUGCGGGGGUCGCGAAGUAGGCCCCCCAACACCUUUUGUAGGUUGGGGCCACCGGUAUGAGUGAGCAGCUGGUGGAGGAGCUGGUGGCCAACACCGCCUACCUCAGGGCUCAGCGAAAGGACAGGAACGAGCUGCGAAAGGAGAGACUCUCCCUGACUCUGCCCCUGCCGACCAGCUCCGCGGUUCUGGAGGAAGCGAAAGGCGAGCGGUACGAGUCGCUUUGUGAGCGGCAGCCCAUCGGCAGGAAGCUAUUCCGGCAGUUUCUUCUCAGCCGUAAUCCGCAGUACGCCGCCGCCGUCGAGUUCCUGGAGGAGCUGGGAGAAUGGAGCUUUGCCGAAGAAGGCACCCAAGUCAAGGCCGGGCGGGACCACCUCCUCGUUAAAUUCUGUCGGCCCGAGUCGGAGAGUUUUCUGUCUUUUCUCAAAGGAGAUGCCGUGGAAACGUACAAACGUCCGUCGUACAACAUUGUUGAUGAGAUCACGCUGAGCCAGAUGAGAGAAGCCACAAGAGACUUCCUGCGUGGGAAACCUUUCUCGGAAUACCUGAGGAGUCCGUUCUUUUACAGGUUUCUGCAGUGGAAGGAAUACGAGAGACAGAAAAUUACAGAUAAAUACUUUCACGAGUUUCGGACAUUGGGGAAAGGUGGUUUCGGCGAGGUGUGCGCAGUGCAGGUGAAGACCACAGGACAGAUGUACGCCUGCAAGAAGCUAGAUAAGCGACGCUUGAAGAAGAAAGGCGGGGAGAGGAUGGCCCUCCAGGAGAAGAAAAUCCUGGAGCAGGUCAACAGCCUUUUCAUCGUCAACCUGGCCUACGCCUACGAUAACGACACCCACUUGUGCCUGGUCAUGGACCUGAUGAACGGAGGAGACCUCAAGUUCCACAUCUACGAGCUCGGAGAGCGCGGGAUCCGCAUGGACCGCGUGGUUUACUACGCGGCCCAGAUGACCAUGGGGAUCCUUCACCUGCACUCGAUCAACAUCGUCUAUCGCGAUUUGAAGCCGGAAAACGUGCUCCUGGACGCCCACGGCCACUGUAGACUGUCGGAUCUCGGGCUGGCUGUCGAGCUGGCGAACGGGAAAAUGAUCUGCCAAAAGGCUGGCACGACUGGUUAUAUGGCCCCCGAGGUUCUGAUGCAGCAGUACUACAGCACGUCGGUGGACUGGUGGGCGCUGGGCUGCAGCAUCUACGAGAUGGUGGCCGCUCGCCUGCCCUUCCGCGACUUCCGCGAAAAGGUGCAGAAGAGCGAGGUGGCCCGCCGCACCCUGGAAGACGCGUGCAAGUUCCAUCAUAAGAGAUUUGACCCGGCGACCAAAGACAUCAUCUGUUGCCUGCUUAAGAAAAAAGCAGCGCAUCGCCUCGGGUGCCAAGGCGAUGACCCCCGAAGACACCCGUUUUUCCGGAACAUCGAUUUCCAUCACCUGGAGGCGCGGCGGGUGGAGCCCCCCUGGGUGCCCAAGGCCAACGUGGUGUACGCCAAAGACGCCGAAAGCUUCGACUACACGUCGGAGGCGGGAGACGUCGAACUGGAUGCCAAGGACGAGAAGUUCUUUGAAGAGUUCAGCACGGGCGCCGUGGCGGUCUCGUGGCAGAAGGAGAUGAUCGACAGCGGCUUGUUUGAUGAGCUCAACAUGCCCGAAAGGAACGGCCAUGAUCAAGUGAUGGCAUGGAAAUCAAAGACGUGUGUCGUCCUCUGAGCGUCCCGUUUAAUCUCCAGAAUACUUGAAACGAUUGUGCUGCUCUCAAAUAGGAUCCUUAGCCGAUAAGUACCUCAAAUAACAAUUAAGAUUACAAUCAUCCUCAUUUGAUUGAAAGACUUUAAUAGCAACUUGAACGCUGCUUUUGUCUUGAAAUCAUUCCAGUGCUAGUAAGUCACUGCAGUUAAAUGCUUUUUUUUUUUUCCUGCCACGUUAAAAUAUGUCUUUUUUGGGGGGGAUACCGAUGAAGACCUUGUGUACUUUUUCUGUAGCUAACAGCAGUUUACUGCUGCGGUAACUGCACAUCAGCAGAAGUUGGUUCACAGUGGAGUUCCGAAUUUCAAAUAGAAACACGGCGUAGUCGAUCAGCAACCAAUGCCAGUGCAGUGCUCAAGUCCCAAUUACGCUUCAAGGCCUUAACUACGACAUCGUUAAACGAAAACGGGAACCGAGGGUGCCUUCUUGUGCAGCGCGUCAAUGUAAUGCGCAAUUUCAACAUUGCACUCUCUUUCCAUGACGUACAUCACUUUCUUGAUUUGGUUCACUAUGACGCUUCAUUUACUUGCUGGCCUAAUUCUCAACGCCUGUACAAAAAUGAUGAAG